CCUCCGAGGCUUGUCACAUUCUGCUCAAAACAAUGGAAGGGGAAAGGAAGCUUGUAAUGAGUCCCCAGAAUUGAAUAUGACAACCGUGGGCACCGAACCUGGAGGCAUGGCUAAUUUCUCCUCUUUGCAGAGUCCAUGGACUGCCUUCGGAAACUGCACUGGUGAAGGCGCCACAUUUCAGGACAUCUAUAUCCCUCUAAUUUAUAGCGUUCUCUUUCUGGUGUGCUUUCCUGGGAACAUUAUUGUCAUUUCCGUGUAUGUCUUCAAAAUGAGGCCCUGGAAAAGCAGCACUAUCAUUAUGCUAAACUUGGCCAUUACAGACCUGCUGUACGUGUCUUGCCUUCCAUUCCUGAUACAAUACUACGCCAGUGGAGAAAACUGGAUGUUUGGAGAAUUCAUGUGCAAGCUUGUCCGGUUCAACUUCUACUUCAACACGUACAGCAGCAUCCUCUUCCUCACCUGCUACAGCCUCUUCCGUUUUAUUGUCGUCGUCUAUCCAAUGAACUGCUUUUCCAUCCAGAAACGGAGAUGGGCUAUUGCCGCCUGUGCUGUCGUUUGGGUUGUUUCCUUAUUGCUGGCCAGCCCGAUAUUCCGCGUGAUCACGACGCAACAAAGCGCCCACCGAUGGAUUUGCCAGGAUCUUACUAACUCUGCAGAUUUAUUCACGGUGAGGUGGUAUAACUGGCUCCUAACGACAUUUGCUUUCUUCUUGCCUUUGGUAACUGUCACUCUUUGCUAUGCUGUGAUUAUCUACACCUUGGCAAGAGGGCCUCACACUGGCACUGCUUACAAGCAAAAGGCUCGUCUGCUGGCCAUGAUCCUCCUGGUUGUCUUCUAUGUCUGUUUCUUGCCAUUUCACAUCUUCAGAGGAGUUCGCAUUGAGCUAACGAUCCACCCUGCCAGCUGCCGCACAAUGCAGAGAGUCCGGGAUAUUUUUACUGUGACUCAGUCCUUAGCAUCACUAAAUACCUUUGGCAACUUAAUACUUUAUGUUGCAUUGGGUGAUAACUUCCAGCAGGCUAUUCUUUCUAUCUGCAAACUGAUCAUGAAGACAAAUAAGAAAUAGAUAAGGAGGGAAAGUGAUGUGAC